AAACAUAUAAAAACAUUCCACGAACUUUGAACUUUCAAAAGGUAAUCGCAAAAUAAAGUGAAAAAGUUGUGAGCCAGUGGACUUCGGACUAGCUAUAGCUAGACGGCUGAGUUUGUACAGUAAAUAAACAAUCGAAACCCAAAUAUUUUCCUCACUUGCUUCAGAUAAAGUAAAGCAACUAUGUUUUCAAAAAGUAACAAUUUUCGACAUGUCUUAUGGGUUGCAUCAUCUCAAAAUGUUGCAAACACCAUGACCAAAAAUCAACCUGUCAUAGCCAAUUUUGUAAGGACGGCUGCAACUGGACAAGAUAAGGAUGCCAAAUCAUUUGCAAUGGGCAUAUUUACAGGAAAAGCACAUGUUGAGCAAAUGUUUCCAUUUCCACAAGUUUUAAAUCAAGAUCAAGAAGAAUUUCUCACUGCACUAAUUGACCCAGUAGAAAAAUUUAUGUCUGAGGAAAAUAAUGCAGCUGUAAACGAUGCAAAUGCAGAAAUUGAACCUGACACAUUACAAGGACUAAAAGAAAUGGGUGCAUUUGGACUUCAGGUUCCUGCUGAACUGGAUGGUGUUGGAUUAAAUAAUACGCAGUAUGCUCGUUUGGUAGAGAUUGUUGGGAAGUAUGAUUUAGGUGUGGGUAUUGCUCUUGGUGCACAUCAGUCAAUUGGAUUUAAAGGCAUUUUGCUAGCUGGUACUGAAGAACAAAGGAAGAAAUACUUGCCUUCUUUAGCAACCGGAGAGAAAAUGGCAGCUUUUUGUUUAACUGAACCAGGCAGUGGUUCUGAUGCUGCAUCUAUCAGGACAAAUGCAAAACUCAGCCCUGAUGGUAAACAUUGGAUAAUGAACGGUGGAAAAAUCUGGAUCAGUAAUGGUGGCAUAGCUGAGGUGUUCACAGUUUUUGCUCAGACUCCCGUGAAAGAUGAAAAGAGCGGUGAAAUGAAAAACAAAGUGACAGCUUUUAUUGUUGAGCGUGCUUUUGGUGGUGUAACAAGUGGUGCACCAGAAAAUAAGAUGGGAAUCAAAUGUUCAAACACUGCUGAGGUUCAUUUUGAAGAUGUUAAAAUUCCAGUUGAAAAUGUUCUUGGUGGUGUUGGAAAUGGAUUUAAAGUUGCUAUGAACAUUUUAAAUAAUGGUCGAUUUGGUAUGGGUGCUGCUUUGUCUGGUACACAAAGGGGCUUGAUUGCUCAAGCGGUUGACUUUGCAGCAAAUAGGACACAGUUUGGUCAAAAGAUCAGUAAUUUUGGUGUUAUCCAGGAAAAAAUUGCGAGAAUGACAUUAAAACAUUUUGUUUCAGAGAGCAUGGCAUAUAUUGUUUGUGGUUUAAUGGACCAAGGUUUUAAAGAUUUUCAACUUGAGGCAGCCAUCAGCAAAAUAUACGCUUCCGAAGCAGCUUGGGAGGUAGCCGAUGAAUGCAUUCAGAUUCAAGGUGGUAUGGGAUACAUGAAGGACACUGGAACUGAGCGUGUGAUGCGAGAUCUUCGUAUUUUCCGCAUAUUUGAGGGAACCAAUGACAUUCUUCGACUGUUUAUUUCACUCACUGGUUUGCAGAACGCUGGCAAGGAAUUAAAACAACUUCAAAAAUCUUUAUCCAACCCAAUCGGUAAUAUGGGUUUGAUUGUAGAACAAGGUAUCCUGCGAUCGAAAAGAGCUGCCGGUAUUAGUACUGGACCUGAUUUUUCUUCCUCGGUUCAUCCUGAGCUACGUCCAUACGCUGAAAAGUUAUCAAAAAAUAUUGGCGAAUUUGGUGCCACAAGUGAAGCUUUAUUGGUCAAAUACAAGAAGGAUAUUAUAGAUCAACAGAUGGUGUGUUCGCGGCUUGCGGAAGCUGCAAUUGACAUCUUCGGUAUGAUCAGUGUGUUGUCAAGGACAUCAAAAUCAUUGAAUGAAGGAAGCAAAAGUGGUGCACACGAAUCAGCUAUGACGCAGGUCUUUUGUACUGAGGCUAGCCAAAGAGUGACACGCAAUCUUCAAAGUUGCACCGACUCGACUAAUGUUAAUACAGAUAAACUAAAAUCAAAAAUCGCCGCCGAUAUCGUUGCAAACAUGGGAGUGGCAGCUAAACACCCUCUUGGUUUUUAGAACUGCAAGUAUUUCAAAGAUCUGUCAAAAUGUUGUAUAUUAUUAUUUUACACAAUAAUUAAUAAAUACAUAAGGGGUUGUUACUCGAAAAGAGCGUGUUGAAGACCUAGUCAUUUUGAGUCAAGAAAACGUCAUACAACAAUCGAGUACAUCAUUUACCCCACGUGGAUUGGUUUUAGUAAAUACUAACUCUUUCUUUUUUUUCUCUCUCUUUUCUGUAGAGCUAAGGUAGAAGUAACUUGUGAAUAUUUAAUGUAAUUUAUUAGAUAUAAUUGUCAAGGUUUUCGACGGAUAUAUCCCAAACUGGAUUGAAUAAUACAAUCAAGGUUUUAUUUUUAUCGAAAACGCCAUUACGUUAAUCUUUUGUACAGUUAGCUCCCGGUAACUCGAACACUGGAUAACUCGAACUUUCAUGAUUUUGAACCAUUUUCUUCGAUCCCUUGAACUUUUGUUAAUUCUUUCUUAUAACAAAAAUGCGGUUAACUAGAACCUCAGAUAACUUGAACAUUCGUUAACGCAACCCAUUUUUCGUCCCCUCUCAAGUUUUUAUAUUACGAUUUUAACACUUGUAGUAUUCAUUUUUCUCAUUCUCUUUUUAUGAUAACGAAUUUUACUUGCGGAGGAAUGGGCAGGAGUUCGUACAGUUAAGAGGCUAAGUAAAACCCUUGUUUUUUACCAUCAAGAACAAUAUUUUAUUGACCGGCUUUAUUAUAGCUGCUUACUUCAAGGAUUUUUUAAAAUUGCCUUUGGAGACCUUUUCAAUCAUAUGAUUUGCUAUUAAUAUUAACAAAGUAAAUGCGCUGUUCCUUCCCCUGAAGAAACAACACAUAAGCACAAAAACUCUUGCACUUUGAAGAGCCUUUUGAAAAAAGAAUAACUUUGUCUCUCUCAUGGCGAACGUUAAAGAACCAUUUCUUCCUGACUGUUAAUCUCAAAUGAAAGGUCCUUAUCAUAAUUUUGUGUUUAGCUCUGUUAGUCUCAAAUAUGGAAUAACUUGUUUUUUAUAUGAUUCGUAAAUAAAUUAACAGAAAGUUUAAAAGAA